GUAACAAUUCCACAAGGAAAUUGCAGGAGUACCCUUUUAUCGCAUUCUCUUUUAUUCGUUCACAGGGACUUCGAAGUUCGAAGCUGUGGCGAGAGUCGACAUGAUUUCUGCAAGCUGAUGCUUCAGUCUCAAGAACGCAUAGGAAUUUCUCGGCAGUGCAUUUUUCUGAAUCUUCGACAUGGAAGAGUUCCGGAAGGCCAUAUUGCAAACGGUGCCACCAGAAAAUUUUGCUCUGCAGACAGUUCAAGAAGUUAUCAGACCUCAGAAGCACACGAAAUUGGCACAAGAUGAAAAUCAGUUGCUGGAAAAUAUUCUACGUCGAUUACUUCAAGAAUUGGUGUCAUCUGCAGUUCAAUCAGCGGAGCCAACAAUGCAGUAUGGGAUGUCUAUUGAUGACAAGGAAACUUCACAGGGUCACAUUCCUCGUCUUCUUGACAUUGUCCUAUAUCUUUGUGAGAAAGAGCAUGUUGAAGGAGGCAUGAUAUUCCAGCUGUUAGAGGAUCUGACUGAAAUGUCAACGUUGAGGAACUGCAAAGAUAUUUUUGGUUACAUUGAGAGUAAACAAGAUAUAUUGGGAAAGCAAGAGCUUUUUGCACGUGGAAAACUUGUGAUGUUGAGAACGUGCAAUCAGUUGCUCCGUCGUCUAUCAAAGGCAAGUGAUGUGGUGUUUUGUGGACGCAUUCUGAUGUUUCUGGCACAUUUUUUCCCUUUAUCUGAACGUUCUGCUGUAAAUAUAAAAGGAGUGUUUAACACCUCCAAUGAAACAAAAUACGAGAAAGAACCCCCUGAUGGAUUUUCUAUUGAUUUCAACUUUUACAAGACAUUUUGGAGUUUACAGGAAUACUUCUGCAAUCCUGCCUCCCUUUCUCUUGCUUCCACAAAGUGGCAAAAGUUUACGUCAAGUUUAAUGAUCGUGUUGAAUACCUUUGAUGCACAACCUUUGUCUGAUGAAGAGGGAGAUGCUAACAUCUUAGAGGAAGAGGCUGCAUCCUUCAGCAUAAAAUAUCUUACUAGUAGUAAACUGAUGGGUUUAGAGUUGAAGGAUCCAAGUUUUCGACGUCACGUUCUUGUGCAGUGCCUUAUAUUGUUUGAUUAUCUGAAGGCCCCGGGAAAGAAUGAGAAAGACGUUCCUUCUGAAACCAUUAGAGAAGAAAUUAAAUCUUGUGAGGAGCGUGUGAAGAAGUUGCUGGAGGUGACACCGCCUAAAGGGAAAGAAUUCCUUCAGAAAAUUGAGCAUAUAUUAGAACGUGAAAAUAACUGGGUAUGGUGGAAGCGUGAUGGUUGCCCUCCUUUUGAAAAGCAACCAACUGAGAAGAAAACCAGCAAUGAUGGAACUAAAAAACGUAGGCCAAGGUGGAGACUGGGGAAUAAAGAACUCUCUCAAUUGUGGAAGUGGGCAGAUCAAAAUCCGAAUGCCUUGACUGAUCCUCAACGUGUCCGUACUCCUGCAAUUUCAGAGUAUUGGAAACCCUUGGCAGAAGAUAUGGAUGAGUCUGCUGGGAUUGAAGCUGAAUAUCAUCAUAGAAAUAAUCGAGUUUAUUGCUGGAAAGGUCUUCGGUUCUCAGCUCGACAAGACUUGGAGGGAUUCUCUCGAUUCACCGACCAUGGCAUCGAAGGAGUCGUCCCUUUGGAACUCCUGCCACCUGAUGUACGAGCCAAAUACCAAGCUAAACCAAAUGAGAGAUCUAAACGUGCUAAGAAGGAAGAAACAAAAGGGUCUGUUCGUCAAGUUGAAGAAAAUCAGAUGGCAACACCAGCAAGUGAGAAUGAUGGUGAAGGAACCAGAAGCGACCUUGAUGGGCCAUCAGCAGCCAUGGAUGUCGAUACAACUGUAGCUGCUGGCAAUGUAUCUCAAGGUGGUACUCCAACUCCAGAUGAAAAUAAACAAAGCUCUGACACAGAUAUUGGUCAAGAGUCAGGCCAGUUGGAAGCUGACGCCGAGGUAGAGCCGGGCAUGAUUGAUGGCGAGACGGAUGCAGAGGUUGAUUUGGAUACUGCAGGUUGAUUUGUGCGGCAGCCCUUCCAUAAUAUCUAGCAAGGAAAUAUGAUCAUCUUCCCUCCAUAAAAAGUUGCUGUGUUGUGUUGCUGAUUCGGCAUCUACCGAGGCUGCUUAUACAAUCGAGUUGAGGAUUAGCAUGAUCAAGAAGGGAUUCUAAGUUAUCUUGUCAUUUAGUCGAACUAUAUCAGAGGCUAAUGAGGCCGAGGCCCUCUGUAGACGGUAACAUAAUCUAUUAUAGUUCAAAUUUUCAUACAACCAUUCUUACUUAUAUUAAUGCUUCAUUUUAGGCGUUGUGUUUCUGUUUUACCCUUA